AAAAUAUUCAAAGUCGCAUCGCAUUGUGAUACUGAAUUUAUCUGAACUGAAUCAUUGAAGUCUAUCAGCAAUACGCUGAUAAGAACAAGAUAAUUUACUGUGAUAUCAUAGUGUAGCUCAUAAAGUAAUUAUCGAGUUCAAAUUUCGAGGUGCAAAUUCAAUUUUGGAAUUCCAGUCGUAGAACUCAUUUGUUUUUUUACUCGUCAAAUAUUUUCUAUUUUAUUUUAAAAUGCGUGAAAUAGUGCAUGUUCAGGCCGGCCAGUGCGGUAACCAGAUUGGCUCAAAGUUCUGGGAGAUCAUCUCGGACGAGCAUGGCGUGGGUCCAGACGGGGUCUACAUGGGGCAGAACCCCCAGCAGCUUGAGAGGAUCAGCGUCUACUACAAUGAGGCUGGCAGUGGUCACUACGUCCCCCGAGCGGUGUUGGUGGACUUGGAGCCCGGGACCAUGGACUCUGUGCGCUCCGGGCCGUACGGGCAGCUGUUCCGACCUGACAACUUCGUGUUUGGACAGAGCGGCGCUGGCAACAACUGGGCGAAGGGGCACUACACGGAGGGCGCGGAGCUGGUGGACUCUGUCAUGGACGUCAUCAGGAAGGAGGCCGAGGGCUGCGACUGCUUGCAAGGGUUCCAGCUGACACAUUCCCUUGGAGGUGGAACUGGUUCAGGAAUGGGCACGCUGCUGCUGAGCAAGAUCCGCGAGGAGUUCCCUGACCGCAUCAUGAGCACCUUCAGCGUUGUACCUUCACCUAAAGUGAGCGAAGUAGUCCUCGAGCCCUACAAUGCAACUCUCUCCGUGCACCAACUCGUAGAGAACACGGACAUGACAUUCUGCAUCGACAACGAAGCGCUGUAUAACAUAUGUUUUAGGACCCUGAGGCUGGCUAGCCCUAGCUACGGGGACUUGAACCAUUUGAUCUCGCUGACCAUGUCGGGCGUGACGACGUGCUUCCGCUUCCCGGGGCAGCUCAACGCGGACCUGCGCAAGCUGGCCGUCAACAUGGUGCCCUUCCCGCGCCUGCACUUCUUCAUGCCAGGCUUCGCCCCGCUCACCGCUAAGAACUCAUUCGACUACCGCGCGCAGAGUGUACCGGAACUCAUGACACAGAUGUUCAACCCCGGCAACAUGAUGACGGCCUGCGACCCGCGCCACGGCCGCUACCUCACCGUGGCCACCAUCUUCCGCGGCCGCAUGUCCAUGAAGGAGGUGGACGAGCAGAUCCUCGCCAUACAGAACAAGAACAGCAGCUACUUCGUAGAAUGGAUCCCCAACAACCUCAAAGUCGCCGUCUGCGACACGCCGCCGCGAGGACUCAAGAUGUCGGCCACGUUCAUCGGCAACACCACGGCCAUACAGGAGAUCUUCAAGCGCAUCUCCGAGCAAUUCACCGCCAUGUUCCGGAGAAAGGCUUUCCUGCAUUGGUACACGGGCGAGGGCAUGGACGAGAUGGAGUUCACGGAGGCGGCCAGCAACAUGGCCGACCUGGUCUCCGAGUACCAGCAGUACCAGGAGGCGGCAGUCGACGACGAAGACGUGGAGUUCGACGAACAAGAGGAAUACGAACAGGAAGAACAGAACUGAGGCGGCUGUAGGGUUACCACGCGGGAGGAGACCAGCAGGAGACUUGGAGACACCCUACUGAAGGCCUAGCACGGAGCGCAAGACAAGACGUGAGAAAAGUUUUGCAGAGGGAGUGAGUGUGACGGAAAACGUCUGUCAUGUGUUGUCGUGUCGUGUCUGGCGUGGCGCCCCGUGCUAGGCCUUCUGGUCGGGUCGAGUCCUAUACAAAAGUGUUGGGACAAAUAUGGGCUAACCCUGGAUAAACCUAACCUAAGGAUCUUCAAAAUUGCUAUGAUUUAAAACGACUAUGAUUUGAGAAAUCUCAUAACAGCAAAGUAACAAAAUGUUUUGACAUUAGUUAAAAUUACAUUGCGCAUAUUUGUGACGGCACUUUUGUAUAGGAAUUGACCCGUCUCAUGUGUUUUUUUAAGAGUACUCUUGCCGAGAAAAUGCUAGCGAAGUGUACGAAAGAUUUUUAUGGCUAUUUUAGCUUUAAGCUUAUAGACCGUCCUAUGCUGGACCCAAGCCAUUCUAUCUAUCUAUUGGAUAUGUAACGAAAAGUAUUAAAAUCGACGCAUUGCUCAUCAUAUUAUGAAGUUAGAUAGUUUUACGACGAACGUGAUGAAAGAAUUUAUAUUUUGCUUUUCGUCCAUUAUUUAAUUAGUACAUAUCACCUUUUGUGUAGAGUUUAGUUUUUCACCUGGUAACCCUAAAUAGACCGUGUUAUUUGUUAAAUCAUGUUCAAAUAUUAGUUGUAAGCGCGAUUGAGAAGAAUUUGUUUUCUUUAUUAGACUUAAGGGAAGUAAGUAUGAAAACGAGUAACAAAAUGUCAAUUUAUCUCGAUGAAAAAGUACAUUUUAAGUAUCGAUAAACAAAAUCCUGAAAUUAUAUCAAUAACGAAUUGUAAAUAAUUUUAAAUGAUGCCAUUACCUUAUAUAUCUUUUAACUACUCGUAGAAAAAUAUGCUUUAAAUAGACAAAGUGCUAAAUGUUAUUUAGAAAUAUUCAUUGUAAGUGUUCCUUUCGAAAACUGAAUCCUGCCUAAAAUGCACAAGAUCAUUGUAUUUAUUGCAUCGUUAAUGAAAUAAUUAUGUAACAGUCCCACUUCUGCGUACUUAGCAUAGGGCGCAAAACACACAUGACAAGACUUGGUAAAAGUUUUCGGUAUAUUAACGCCGCGCGAUGUUAGCAAAUUUUUUGUCACGUCUUGUCAUGCGCGUCUUGCUCUUUGUGCCAGGUAUGCUUGAUGCCUCUUUCAAGGACCAACACAACACCUUGGCCUGAAUACUGCCGUUAUAUAACGUGAUUAUACUAAUGAUAACGUAAAGUUCCUAAGACCAAAAAUUGCUACUAACAUUAGCAUAUCAGCAGAGAUAUAUCGUCCAUAGAUAAACAUCUAUGAUCCUUCUAAAUAUCGUCCUAUAUGGACUACUAUUGGCACUAAGUCCGCCGCCAAAAUUUUGUCUACUCAGGCCCAGUUUCACAUUUGAAUAAUAUGAUAAGUUAAGAUGAACUUAGUUAUAAAACCUAGCUUGGAAAUAAUUAGCGUUGAGCAGAACUUAAGUCCAGGUAGUUAUCGUCAAAUGAGAAUCUGGGCCCAUGGUUUACCUAUGAGUACAUUUUUUUCUAAAAUAUUAGGUUUGGUUUGAUAUAGGCUGUGUGUAUAUUAUUAUCUGUUGUAACAAGUAUAGGUAGACGUUAGCGGCGUAACAGUUGAGGAAAGUCUAUGCCUGUGAUGGCCAAAUUGCUAAAUCAAUUUUCAUUCUUAAGUAUAUUAUUUUAAUCAGUGAAAAUGGUCACCUUCACUGUUAUGUCAUAUUUUAAAGCGAUUCAUUUUCAAUCAAAAUUGGUAUGAAGUAAAAAAAGAAUAAGUGUCAAUUUCUCCAUUGUCGGUUAUCUAACCGACAGGGAUUGAUUUAUAAAUUAAACGUCAUCUACAUAUAAAAUUCAUGACAGAUGUGACAAAAGUUACCCGCUACUCCCUGGUUAUGCUCUAACCGAGAAUGGAGAAAUUGGCACUAAACAUACCUAUCGCGUCCUCAACCAAUCGCAGCUGAGCUUUAAUUGACAGUUCGAAUCACUUAUGUUCCAUAUUUGCUUUCAUACAUAUUGAAUGAAUACUGGCUGGCUGUAAAGUAUGAUAUAAGUUAGGGCCCUUCGUUUCUUAGUAUUCAUAUCUGGGCAUUAAAUGUUUGUUAAAAACGCCAUUAUUGCAUUUGGGAGGUAUCAAAAAUAGUGUUGUAUCUACCCCAAUGCGUGAUAUAUAAAUUGUGAUUCAAUUAUGUUGAAUUUGAAAUUUGUUAAUUUGUCUAAUGAGUAAGAAACAAUUUAAUUAGUAGCUUUCACCGUCGCAUUAUUUUAUAAUCAUUUUAUAUUUAUUAUAAUAAAUAUUUCAAUUUGUA